CCUUACCUAUCAUUGGCCGACAAAGAAAGGUUUAAUCUCCUGUCCCAAGAGCUACCACCCCCAGACGUCGAGCGUUGGAAUUCAUUGGCUGAACUCCAGAUGCGUAGACGAUUGUUCGAGUGAGUCCAUCUUCUGUCUAUUUAUCAUUCUUCAAACAUCUGCCUUUCCGUUGUUCAGGUGUCAGUGUGAUGCGUGUCAUUACCUUGUCAGUGAUGUCCUUCACCGUUGUAUAGACUGCGAGUCCAGUGAGCAUGAUGGAGACAACCCUUCCGUGCAAGACGACUAAUCUUCUUACAGACGACUAUGAUGUGUGUGUAGAUUGCGAAUCUCAGCCGGUCUCGGAUCACAAAUACCCAUCCGACCACAAGUCAACGCAUAACAUGCUUGUUUUCCGGAUGUCGCUACCUCAUGGUCGCUACAGCCGAGUCCGGUGGUAUGCCAGGAAUUUCUUAUCCACUUGCGUGCCCGCUGCAGCACCACCAGAAGCACCAUUGACUGCGCGAGAAGACGAAUCCAAAACGCAAUCAGAUGGACCUGAACUUCCGCAUCCGACAGAAGCCAUCCGAGCAGAUGAUUCUGCCGCCUCUGUCGAUUUACGGGAAGGUGAUGAGAAGUUAAAUAGGAACCCGGGAGUAGCAUCAGGGGAGAUAACUGGAACCUCAGUCGCGAAUGGGGAUGCCUAUGCUUGUGCCGAAUGUGGCAUUAAGAUGAAGAGCAUUUUCUAUGUAUGCCUUACCUGCGCAGAACUCCAUUCCGCGAUUGCCCUAUGCAGUGAUUGUGCAUUCCGCGAUGUGUUCAACGUGGUCACAGAGCACCAUCCUUACAAACACUGGCUGGUCAAGAUUAAAGACCGGGUUCGAGAUGUGGACAUCACAACAUCAGACGAACCUUUGGAUAACGUGGACGAGACUACCUCGCUUUCCUUACGAGUCGACAAGCUAGCUGCAAUGGUUGAUCAACUCGUGCAUAGUCUAGCUGCAUUGACAGGAAAAGCACAACUUCCCUCUGAAUCCGUCACUGUUUGACUGGCUCGUGAAUUGGUAGACCAUUCCAUUUGAUUCUUGCAGUGUCUCAACGAGCUUGUAUAGAUAGAUCGGCACCGACUUUUUACAUGUCCUUCGUGUAUGUGAAAUAAAUAAGUUCGCUGGCUUCCUUUCA